AUGGCUAACGAGGGAGGAGAUUCACAGCUUCCCGAAAAGUAUCAUGAGCGAGCACUUGCGCGGAGAAGGGGUAUUCAUCGGACAGAAUUCAGAAAUUUCACUAUUGUGGUCCCGGAUCAAGAUGAAUCAGAAAGUAGUCCGUUGGCCACGCCGAAAAAUUUUGAGAAUCAGACGUUAAAUUGCGAGGACACAAGCAACUUUGGUGAAGAUAAUUCAUUGGUGUUAGAAAUUGAAUUUGAGAAUCGGAAACGAUUAAAGACUUUAGACAUCAACGACAACGUUGUUAUGUCACCACGUGAAUCAAAUAUAACCACAUUGGAAUCGGCUAUUACCGCAAUAUCUAAUACUGAGCCUAAUAAUACUGGACAGAUAGCUGAAAUUAUAAAUGACACGCCUAUGUUGAUUGAUUCGCCUGCUAUCUCGUUAAAACCAGCGUUUGGAGAUGCUAUAAGGUCAUCAAGAACUUUGGCGCAUAAUGAAUUCAGUAUAAUAUCACCCGGUAAGACCGCCAGGACGUCGUCCGUCGAUUUUGUCGACGAUAAUUUUGAUGAGUCUGAUGCGAUGAAAACGGUGAAUGAAAACGAUAAUGUUGGGACGAAAAACAGUGACCACAUACACCCCGGGUACGAGAACAAAAAUAAUAAAUGUCAUAGUAUAACACAAGUUUACUUAGGGAAGCAGGUAUUGUCAACUAAACCGAACUUGGAUACACCUAAAUCCUGGUCAAACAAAAUCAUUUCGCGUACUUCCACUAGAACGAAUAGUCAAACCAACAUUACGUUGUCGAACACAACGAUGUCUAUUUGUGAUAAUGAUGAACAGCAAUUUGAUGAUACUAAUAAUAAUCAGUCAUCAUCUGAUAAUUAUGAAUCUGAAGGUAGUAUUAUUAUGGCUAAUGUCAAUGAAAAGAGCAAAGUAAGGAGUUUGAAGAAUAAAAGAAACGUCAAGAUUGUUCGAAAUGAGGAACAGAAUGGUAUUACGGCCGCGAAAUCGAAUGAAAUUAAAAUCAUUAACGACGUUAUUAAGGAUACAAUUUCAGAAUUUUUGAAAGAUCAAAACGAAGGUGAAAGUUUAUAUGGAAAAGAAAUUCUUAAUUUCAAAAAGGAAGUUGAAUCUCGCAUUCUCAAACAGUCGGAUCUUGUUAAUGAACAAAUAACGAUGCGAUCUUCUUUAAGAAAAGCGAGGUCACGAAUCAACCAAUUGAAUAAGGAAAUCACAUGUUUACAGCAUAAACGCGAAAAAAUUGAUGAAGAUUUGUCUAUAGAGAGAAAAGCAUUUAAAACUUAUGAACAAAACAGGAAGAAAUUAGAACAAAUACACGGUUUCCUCUCGGAUAUGGAAAUUUUGCGAGAAUCCGUCAUGUCUAAGGAUAUUUCAAGGGAGGAUGAUGAAGUUUUGGAUGGAUUCGAAGGUCUUUUGACCAGUACGACAUUCAAGUGUUGUGAUGUUUCAUAUUCUGUUGGAGCUUUUGAUACUAUUGGUCGAGUACCUUUAAAUAAGGAGGGAAAUUUGGCAACCAUAUCCCAAUUCAAUACAUUACUAGAAGCCUGUGAGCAUAUUAUACGACAAUCGUCAAAUGGCGGUUAA